AUGCUGCAGUAUGCCGUGGACACCCAGCUGGACGAGCUGCUGGCGCGGCUGUUCCGCGCGCUCACUGAGCCGCCGCUGGCGCUGAACCCCUACCCAAAGCUGGUGCACAUGAUACGGGUGCACGCGGCACGGCUCGACCUCUGGAGGGACGACAUCCCAGAGAUGCGCUCCUGCACCCUCAACAGCCUCACCCUGCUGCAGCCACCUACGUUCAUUUACGAGGCCCAGCCGCCCCCCGCCCGGGCCCACGCUGCCGGCUGGACCCACCAGCGCGCGCGGGGCGGCCGCCGCGGCGGCGGCGGGCCGGUGGGUCGGGGCGUGGGGGACGCGGAGGAGGAUGAGUACGAUGAGUCGACGGCGACGUUUGGGUGCUACGCGGCGGUGACGCUGUGCGACUGCAGGCCAAGCAACCCAUAA